GUUACGCACCGACUUGAAAAAGUUGUUUUGAGAAAAACGCGUGUCGCGGAUCGAUUAUCGAUAGUUAGUAUUUAAGUAGAAUUUUGUUAUUGUGCACUCGUGAAGAGAUUGGGCACACUAGGAUUGAAAUAAUGGCGCGUGUGGUGAAUUUGUCGUUGUUGUCAUAGAGUGUGGGAGGUUAAACUGCGAAUAAAACAUAAGUUGUACGCAUACACAUUGGCUUGUGUUUUGGAAGCGGGUUGCCCCAUCGCCGCCGUACCUUUGUUUAAGGCAUCUCCCACACGAGAGACGACAGAAGCUUUUAUUCGCAGUCAGGCGACAUUGUUUUGGAACAACACCCUGGUGAGAGGAUCGAUAUUGCCUGGACGACAUGAUGCACCAUUCGCCCAGAAGGAGUCCCCGACUGAACGAGGGACAGAAUAUCGCACCGCAAGCAGAUGGAAGCGUUUUGGCCCCGCAACCGUCGCAAGCCGGCGGCCGAGGCAGUGAAGCCCCGGCGUCAUCAGCGCAGCUGGCAGCAUCUGGAGCCACCAGGAAACCGAAGGUGGCCGACCUCAUGGAUAGGAUCGCCGAGUUGGAGAAGGAGUUGGAACGCGCUCGCAGCGCUAAUAUGGAACGCACUGGCCCCGUUAUUUCGAGUGAGGUUGGGGUAGGUCAGCCGCCAUUUUCAACCGGCCUGACCGUACCCAACGCAACAAGUGUUUAUUAUGCGGCGUCAGAGAGACCGCCACCCUGGAGCGGAUCUCAAACGGUACCGUGUUCGCAGAACUGUACCACGAGGAUUAAUCAAGCAUCGCCAUUCUGCGCUACCGGCACUACUGUUCCAGCGCAUGGUUUCGGGCUGCAGAAUGAAGUGGCCGGCGGAACAUCGAUACGUGCGCCUUCUCCUGGAGACGGUGCUUGGGCGACGAGCAUUGGAGGAACUGCACGCUGGACGCCACGAAAGCUUCCUGAACUGCCUACUUUCGGAGGGAAGCCAGAGGACUGGCCCAUUUUCUACUGCGCGUUUACGGAGACGACGCAAGCGUAUGGUUGUACGGACUUGGAGAACAACCAAAGGCUACUGAAGGCGCUAAAGGACGACGCGCGUGAGACGGUGAAGUCAUUGUUGAUUCACCCCAGCAAUGCGAAUGCAGCGGUGGAGCAGCUGCGAUUCAGAUACGGCCGACCGGAGCAACUAAUACGCAGCCAGCUCAACAGCAUUCGAGAUGUGCCUGCAAUUACGGAGCACAACCUGGGAAAGCUCGUCGCAUUCGCCACCCAUGUCAGCAACCUCAAGGCUUUCCUACAAUCAGCGAAGGCGGAGCAGCACCUGGGUAACCCUAUGUUGAUGGAAGAGCUUGUGGCCAAGCUCCCAAUAAGCAAACGAGUGGACUGGGCAAGGCACGCUGCAACUAUUCAGCCCUAUCCGACGAUUGUGGACUUCAGUUCGUGGUUGAUGGAACUAGCCAACGUGGUCUGCGUGGUGGCGGACAUUGAUGGAAGGGAGCCAAGGCGUCGAUUGCUUCAUGCCAGCGUCGACCGAGAGCAGGACGAGCAACAGGAGAGCUGCCGCAGGAAUUGUUCAAUUUGUGAAGGCCUUGGACAACAUGCAGUUCGGGACUGCCAACGAUUUAUUGGAGCCACACCUACAGAGAGGUGGAGACUCGCAAGAAGACAUCGCCUAUGCUUCAUGUGCUUGCAAACCGGGCAUAUGACUGGAUCCUGCGCUGCGUCAGAAGAGUGCCCCGUGAAUGGAUGCAUGAGGAAGCAUCACCGUCUUCUUCAUGAGGAAAACAACGAAGGCUUCAGGAGACCGCCACAGCGAGGCGGCAAUUGGAGAGGCUACAACCGGCAGGCAGCCGGACCGAGGGAAGGCGUCCAAGUGAAUGAAGGAGCAGCCUCAUCCGUGGAUGCCUCUGCGACCCCGGAGAGAAAUUUGAGCUGUGUCGACGAGGACCGAGAACGACUCCUGUUCCGUGUAUUGCCGGUGACGCUAUACGGAGGUGGGAAGCAGGUGGACACGUACGCUCUUCUGGAUGAAGGUUCUUCAGUGACGAUGGUCGACAACGAGCUGGUUGCAGAGCUAGGGUACAAGGAGUACGUCGUCAGCUGA